AUGCGAGAUGCAUCAAUAGCAUAUGGGCAAAAUUUCCUCCUCACUGGUCAGCUGCUUCACCGCUGCACAGAGCACCAGUGUGCGCAUGCCAUCCAAGUGCGCGAGAAGGGCAAGUUCUACCCGCCUAAGGAGAAAGGGCUCGCCAAACUCCGCGAACAAGGUGAGGAUAUUCGGGGGCUGUUCCUCAUCUAUGACGAUUCUGAACAAAGUGCUCUCGCAAUUUUGAAGUUGUACUGUGAGGUGCUGAGAAACAAAGGCUAUAACUUACAAGUUCUAAAUGCGUCGCGUCCCGAUAUUCUGCCACCCUCGAGUUGCUCGACCUUAUGGCCUCCACCUGUUGAUAAAGCGACGCCAACGGUGCUGAUUUUACACGGCGUUGAGUUGCUACUCUGUCUUGGAAAAGCGGACCUAAAACAGCUUUUCAGAGAUGUACUCGACUGGUUAUCCUAUGAUAAUGUACGUCAGGUGGUUUGCGUUGCUAACCGAGAGCUAACAGCUGCUGACGAACUGCAAAAAUUAGAGUAUAUAUGUAGCCAACGAGUGGAACUGCUCUCAAGAAAAGGUGAUCUGUUCAUUGUAAACACUUUAUGGAAAAAGCCGAAGGGAAAAGCUAUUCUGCAAAAGGAGGAAGUCCGGAUAAGUUACGGAGUUAUGGCAAGCAGUUCCAUAAUUACCAAUUGGCCUGCAGAGAUGAGUCUGAAACCAGCUGCUUCUGCUAGCAAUAUGCUUGCUGGACUGACGUUCAAUGUAAACAGUAGCGCCGAGGAGAAGAAAGACAGAGAUCAGCUUGUCCUGCCUUACACAGAGGCCGGUGAGAUCAGCUACACUUUGGACCGUGAGGACGAUUUUGAUGAGGAAGACGACCCCGAUGAUGACCUUAAUAUCUGAGUAAGAUGUGCAAAAGGAGACUCAUUACUUUGCCUAUCGAUGUGUCUUACGGCGCCAGCUUCGGGAUAGUUCGUGAAGUCAAACUUAGAAAGCGGUUCGCUGGGGUCAUGACAUUGGACCGACUAUCUCAAAACCAUCAGAAGAAGAACAUUGUACAUAACCAUUAUUGUUUAACAUUGUUAUGAAAAAUAAAUUGGCAAAUGCGAUGACCAUUUUAAGAAGAUAAUAAGUAUGUAUACGGAUAAUGACUCGACGUAGUGUGUUUUUAGAAAAUUAAGAACAAAAAAUCUAAAUCUGCUAGCAUCAUAAUCUCCUUCAGUAUUCGAUAUAAUUCUUUCUUUUUCGACUCAAUAAAGUCUUACAUUUGA